UUUGCGCUACACAAAAUGGUAAGGUUGCUAUAGUGACUGGAGGUGCUAAAGGAAUUGGUUACCAAACUGCGAAGCACUUGGCGAGACUUGGCAUGCACGUUAUAAUAGCUGGAAACAGUGAGAGUGAGGGCCAAGAAGCGGUGAGGAAACUGAAAGAAGAAACUUUGACUGGAAAAGUGGAGUUUUUAUACUGUGAUUUGGCUUCCAUGAAGUCCAUACGGCAAUUUGUGCAGCAGUUUAGAGCAAAGAAUUGUCCACUCCAUGUCCUGGUGAAUAAUGCUGGGGUGAUGCUGGUCCCUGAAAGGAAGACAGAGGAUGGCUUUGAGGAGCACUUUGGCUUGAACUCCUUGGGCCACUUCCUGUGGACUAACCUCCUCUUGGAUACGCUGAAGCAAUCAGGAACGCACAGCCACAACGCUAGGAUCAUCACUGUCUCAUCCGCCACCCAUUACGUAGGCAAAUUGCACCUGGAUGACUUACAAAGCAGAUGUUCGUAUUCACCCCAUGGAGCCUAUGCCCAAAGCAAACUUGCCCUUGUGUUAUUUACCUAUCGACUACAGCAUCUUCUGACUGCAAAUGGAAGCCAUGUGACUGCUAAUGUAGUAGACCCUGGAGUAGUGAAUACCGAGCUCUACAAGCAUGUCUUUUGGGUUGUAAAAUUAGUCAAAUGGAUGACAGCCUGGCUAUUUUUCAAGACUCCAGAGGAAGGAGCCUCUACAAGCAUCUAUGCAGCAGUAUCACCCGAAAUGGAAGGAGUUGGUGCUUGCUACCUUUACAAUGAGGAAAGGACAAAAUCAGCUGACGUAACGUAUGAUGAGGAGCUGCAGAGAAGGCUUUGGACAGAAAGCUGCAAGAUGGUUGGGAUUUCUGAUGAAUCCAGCAGAGUUCCAUAGAAAAAGCCACUUCCAGCUGGGUAAAUGAAAUAUAGUGACAAGCAUCUUAGGUGAAUUCUUGCAGCAUCAGUCAUCAUCCUGGAAAUCACUGUUCAGUCCCAAAGGCAAACAUGAACAGCUCUGUUCUUCACUUGAACCCCUAAUCUGCUAGGGUGUGGGGGGAAUAUUCCCAGAGAAAGGUGUACGUGGUUGGUUUUAAAUCUAACCAUCAGUUUUGUAAAUCAUUAUGUUUCAGUCUGUGAUUAAAAUACAAUCUUUAACCUUG